GCAGGAGGGAUUUUUUUUUUUUUUUUUUUUAACCACGCUUGUCUUGCCUGUUGCCACCAUCACCAGCAUCAUCUCCCCCAUCCUGCAGCCUCGCAUCCACCGCUUUGCUCCACAUGCUUUGCAAUUAAGUGCAUAAAUCAGGCGUCACCGCUGGCGUGAGAUGUCUGGAGGCACGCGCACGCACACGCACACGCACGCGUCAUGUCGCUGCCGUCCAGCCGCUGCAGCCAAGUGGACGGUAUGGCUUGAAAUGAGACAAGACGGAUUCUUUUAGGAUGGAUUAGUCACUGUGCGUCUUGCUGCAGUGCUGUCUUUCCAGGUGUGUGUGUGCGUGUGUGUGUGUGUGUGUGCGUGUGCGUGUGAAUUCUCAGGAGUCUGAUGUCACAUGUGCUUCAUCGGAGGAGACGGGGCAUCUGCAAGCUGGAUUUUGUGGAGGAUGCUGCGGCAAGUGAUACACAGAGGGCUCAAGGCUUCCUUCUACUGGCUGGGCUUGUUCGUUAGCAGACACCCUGUGUUCUUCCUCACCGUGCCCGCCGUGCUCACCAUCAUCUUCGGUUCCACGGUGCUCAGCCGAUUCAAGCCGGAGACGGACCUCGAGUUGCUGGUGGCCCCGACUCAUAGCCUGGCCAAGAUAGAACGGAGUCUGGCCAACAGCUUGUUCCACAUCGACCAGUCCAAGCACAAGCUCUACUCGGACCUGCACACCCCCGGCAGAUACGGCAGGCUGAUCCUGCUGGCCAAGUCCGGCGGGAACAUCCUGGAGUUGGCCGAUCAGGUGCUGCAAGUUCACAAGCAGGUGUUGGAUUUGCGGGUGGGUUACAAAGGAUUCAACUACACCUUCGCGCACCUCUGCGUGCUGAGCCACAGGGACAAGCGAUGCCGGCUGGAUGAUAUCGUCACCAUCUUCGAGGACAUCAGACAGGCGGUGCUGUCCAACAGCACUUUCCACAAGGUGCCCGUCAGCUACCCCAACACCACGUUAAAGGAUGGCCGAGUGUCCUUCAUCGGCCAUCAGUUGGGAGGUGUGUCCUUUUUGCCCAAUAGCCGGGAUCAGCAGGUUAAGUUUGCACGUGCUGUCCAGAUUACGUACUACCUCCGCAACAACGGCCCGGCGGUACAGGAUGCCAUUGCAGAGCGCUGGGAGAACGAGUUCUGCGCCCUGGUCAGUCGGCUGUCCACUGCCGAAGCUCCGCACGGACCCGACCAACUCCACAUCCAGUCCCUCACCUCCUUUAGCCUGUGGCGGGACUUUCAUCAGACUGGCGUGCUAGCCAAAGGGGAAGUGUUGGUUAGCCUGGUGUUGGUGCUUCUGGCAGCCACCGUAUCCAGCUCCAUGCGGGACUGUUUGAGGGGGAAACCCUUCCUGGGCCUCCUGGGGGUGCUGACCAUCUGCAUUGCCAACGUGACAGCCGCAGGGAUCUUUUUCAUAUCGGAUGGGAAGUUCAAUUCGACACUGCUGGGGAUUCCGUUCUUCGCAAUGGGCCAUGGAACCAAAGGGGUGUUCGAGCUUCUGGCAGGCUGGAGGAGAACGAGGGAAAAUCUGCCUUUCAAGGAGCGGGUGGCUGACGCCUUCGCAGACGUGAUGGUGUGCUACACUAUGACCAGCUCGCUCUACAUCAUCACAUUCGGCAUGGGAGCGAGCCCCUUCACCAACAUCGAGUCUGUGAAGAUUUUCUGCCAGAGCAUGUGUGUCGCCAUCUUGGUCAACUACUUCUACGUUUUCUCGUUCUAUGGCUCCUGCUUGGUGUUCGCCGGACAGCUGGAGCAGAACCGCUACCACAGUGUUUUCUGCUGUAAAAUCCCCUCGGUGGAGUACUUGGACCGCCAGCCUACGUGGUUUAAAACCAUGAUGAGUGACGGGCACGACCUGUCGACGCACCACGACAGCGUCCCUUACCAGAACCACUUCAUCCAGCACUUCCUGCGUGAACACUACACAGAGUGGAUUACCAACACCUACGUCAAACCCUUUGUGGUCAUUCUCUAUCUCAUCUAUGCUUCUUUCUCAUUCAUGGGAUGUUUACAAAUCAGUGACGGUUCAAACAUCGUAAACCUCCUGGCAAGUAAUUCUCCGAGUGUCUCCUAUGCGCUGACUCAGCAGAAGUACUUCAGCAACUACAGUCCUGUGAUCGGGUUUUACAUUUACGAGCCCAUAGAGUACUGGAACUCAACGGUGCAGGAGCACUUGAAGAUGCUGAGUCACGGCUUCAACAAGAUCUCCUGGAUGGACAACUUCUUCCACUACCUGCGGGUGGUGAACGUGAGCGCCUCCACCAAGAGCGACUUCAUCGGCAUUCUCAAAGGCUCCUUCCUGCAGAGCCUGGAGUACCAGCACUUCACAGAGGACAUCAUAUUCUCCAAGAACCGUGACACCAGCGAGUACGACAUUAUCGCCUCGCGCAUGUAUUUGGUGGCACGGAUCACGGAGAAGAAGCGCGAGGAGGUGGUGGAGCUUCUGGAGAAGCUUCGCCCGCUGAUGCUGAUUAACAGCAUCAAAUUCAUUGCCUUCAAUCCCACGUUUGUGUUCAUGGACCGCUACAGUUCCUCUGUCAUCUCUCCAAUCCUGACCUCAGGCUUCAGCGUGCUCACCAUCCUUAUCCUCACUCUCUUCCUCGUCAUCAACCCCUUGGGGAACUUCUGGCUUAUCCUCACGGUGACGUCGGUGGAGUUGGGCGUCUUAGGUUUGAUGACUCUUUGGAAUGUUGGCAUGGACAGCAUCUCAAUCCUGUGCCUUAUUUAUACCCUGAACUUCGCCAUGGAUCACUGUGCACCGCAUCUGUACACGUUUGUGCUGGCCACCGAGCACACAAGGACACAGUGCAUCAAGUUGGCACUGGAGGAGCACGGGGCGGCCAUCCUGCAGAACACAUCUUGCUUUGUGAUUGGGAUCAUACCUUUAGUGUUUGUGCCUUCCAAUCUGACCUACACACUGUUCAAGUGCUCACUCCUCACGGCCGGCUGCACCGUGCUCCACUGCUUUGUCAUCCUCCCCGUCUUCCUCACCUUCUUCCCGCCGUCUAAGAAGAGACACAAGAAAAAGAAGCGGGCCAAGCGGAAAGAGCGGGAGAGGGAGCGGGAACGGGAGAGAGAACGAGAACGGGAAGAGAUAGAGUGCAUUGAAGUCAGAGAGAAUCCCGAUCAUGUGACUAAUGUGUGAGGAGUCGUUCGGUACGUAAUGUAACGGUGGUAAGACAAGGCUCAAGGUGGUGAGCCCGGAUCACUCCAGCCAAUAGCAGCUAAGCAGUCCAGAGUAGAGUCCAGCCCAUUCAGCUAAUCGGUCUUGACAGUGUGGUUGGUUUGGCUACGACGCAUACGUGAAACUAGGUUACCAGACGUGUACGCGCAUUCUGAACAGUACAGUAGCUUGCGCUAUUAAAAAACAUUAGUAACUCAAACUGUAUCUCCAGCAGCCCUUAUCUCCACCACAGUGAGGAGCAAAGCAGUCUAUUAAAGCCAAGAAAGCUCACGCAGGUUGGUGAAAUGGAAGAAACUACCAGUGAAACUGGACUUAUAAAGCGAAAACGGCGUGCGUAGAUUUGUGGACGCUAACUGACGACUUGUCUGUGCUGCUGAGUAUUGCAUCGACAGAAACGGUGAGCGGUACACAGUGGCCUCCGUUUGCUUAUUUAAAAUGACACAUGGGUUCAUGGUAGGGGUGGGCCAUACUGCAAAUGUUGGUAUCGAGCCGAUACCAGGCAAAUAAAGGGCCAGUUGUGCCGAUACCGAUCUUUUUAGUUGAAAUUUUUCAUGAUCAUUGAAUGAUUUUGCCAUUAAUUUGUUGGUCAUAAUUACAAUCACAAUAAAAUAUUUGAGUAAUUUAACAAUGCAGUGGAAGCACGCUAGCGUGUUUCACUUAACGUCGAAAAUUCACCAUCAAAUUUUCCCUUGCAUACAUUUUCUGGUGUGCGUCUUGUUAUUAAUACGCUGCGUGAGUCCAAAUGUGUUUUAUCACAAAACGUUUUUGUUAGCAUCCCAUUAAAUUGCCAGUGCAUAAAACAGAAACCGGGAUUCAGCUCCGUCAACCGUCUAUGAUGUCAUAUGCGGUUGACUCUGUAGUUCUUUGCUAGCUAACACAGUUAGGCCACAAGUCUGCUUUUCUUAUAGAUCACAGCUGUAAAAUAACCCACAUUGGAGCCAAAGACAGUUGCCAGCAUUGACAUAGAAGGUGGGCAACACUACCGAUUCAAGAAAGAACUCAUUACAAAACACGAAGGUGGUGUUUGAGAGGAAGGUGUUGAUCUCGCUGCCACAUCGUGCUUUUGUGUCAUGUCUUUGUUAGCAAUAGCAUGUUCAGUUGAGGUAAAAGUGACGUUAAAUGUUCGUUUAUUCUUUUUAUUCAUCAUUUAUAUGUAUUUCAAAUUGUUUCCUGUGUGUCACCGUAUAAUUGUAAAACUAUAACAACAUAUUUGGGUUAGCAUUUUUGAGACAUGUGGCGUAGCCGUGUUAGCUAGCAAUGAACUACAGAGUCAACCGCUGAUGACAUCAAGCACAGGCCAAGUAGCCAACUUCCGAAUCCGGUUGCCAUUUUUACGCAAACCGUGUCAAAAUUUUGCCAACGUUAAAAACACGCUAACCGGGGCGUACUCUAACCAGGGUUCCACCGUAUAACAUGAAGAACACAUCUAAAAAGGCAGAUAUUGAACUGUAUCAAUCCCAUCACGCUUGUAUUGACCCAAUGUUGACACUACCCUUGGUAUGGAUGUUAUCCGCCCACCCCUACUUCACGGGUUACAAUACCUCAACUUAACUCUACAGUAGGACAGUGGUUCUCAACUGGUUUGGGUGCAGGACGCACCAUCGCCCCUUGAAGACAAGCGGCGACCCAAAUGGCUGGCGUUUUUUAACUCGAAUAUCUUCUAUUUAAUGACAAGACGUUAGUGCAGGUUGAAUUUGAGGCAGUGCCAGCACACAACAAGUUUAGUGAUCCUUUCAGGAACAAUCUUUUUCUUUUUUUUUAAUCCACAAACUCAAAAUGUUUUGAACGAAAAGUGGCGGCAUAGCAAGGGUAUAGCACAGACAAGAACUCAAGGUGCAUUCACGGACAUUGGGCACGGACAUUAUUUUCGUAAUUUUUUUUUAUUUUGUUGUAGACCACUAGUUGAGAAUCACUGCUCUCGAAGUUUCUUCCGCAACUUUUAUUUACACGUUUUUUUGUUUUUUUUGGCUAAUGUAUUGGGUGUGCCUCGAUAAACGCAGAAUAAUGUGGUUUUAAUAAUGUUCCGUUUUUGUCAAAGUGGCGGGGCAUUUUGGCACGACACACACCAAGUAAACACUCUCGUACUGGGACUGUCAAAAUUAAUCCAGAGGAAGUCAUUUGCAUGAUUAAUUAGAUUAAUACUUUUAACGCAUGUGUACAGUGACUCAAAAUCCCACAAUUCCACACACUGGAUUGGCCAGUGACCACUAGGGGGCUGAAACAGGAAGUCAGACAGACGGACACUUAAAACAGAACUAUGAGGAGUAUCAUGUGUUCAUUUAUGCAUAUUAAUUUGCAUUUAAAAAGGGGGGAAAUAGCCUGAAGUUGUUGGGGGAUGUAUUAUUUGGGUUGUAGCAGCACAUUGGGCUGCGCUGGGUUAUAAAUCACUAAGUUGAGGUGUCCAAAGUGCGGCCUGGGGGUUGUUUGCGAAGCCCAGCUUGAGUUUUAUAAAUAAAACUUAAAUUAAAUUAAACAUGAAACAUUAUGAGGGAGGAUCAGGGCCAAAAUUAAACUGAACAAGAUACCACACUAGCAAAAUAAUCAUUGAAAUAUUUUUAACAGCUGUGCGUAUCGACCUACAGUGGAGUGGUUCUAACGUCCUUAAUAAAUACAUAAAGUCAAUGGCGACGUUUACAUGCAGUCAAAUAACCCGAUCAUACCCGGAAUAUUAGCAAUAACCCGGUUGCGCACGGACAUGUAAACACUAAUAACCCUUUUGAAAAACCGGAAUAUAUUCCGGUUUUUAGAAACCCGAAUAUUACCCCUGCGUUACUCCUUUUCUUACCCGAAAAUCGGGUCAUGGAUAUCCCGGGAUAUCCCGAUCAAAAGGAACAUUAAUUUGUGUUCUGCGCAUGUUCUAUUUGAAAGGAAUCUUGUGUCUUUGGCAGGCACUACUUGCAAAAACCCACACCACCGCGUUAGUUUGGUGAAAGGAACAGGAACAGGAACAGGAACAUUAGCUUUUUUUAUUGACGGUAGAAAGUACCACAAUAGCGAAAUCUAUCAGAAGGUGAGCAAGCAGUUACGCAAAGCAGGGUUUGUACGAACGCAUCUUCAAAAGUGUCCGGGGGGCAUUUCGUCAUGACGUUUUGCGUGCAGGUUUUUUUCCGCAUGUAAAGGGGUUAUUCCGAAUUAUUUCAGAAGUCCGAAUAUUGCAAACGUAGUCAAUAAUACCCUUGAAUUUUUUUGUGGCCCUCGGCGGAAAAACUCUGGACACUUUGCACUAAAUUAUGCUAUUAUAAUUAUUUAAAAUAAAACGCCUCUUGAAUGAUCCAUUUUUAGUAUUUUUCUAUUUGUUCCUUAUAGAAAGGAAUAGUUAAAUAAAAUCACAACUCUAUUAUUCUUAUAAAGAAAAUUAACAAAUAAAGACGGUAUGAUACUGGACUCAAAACAACGGAAAAAUUUGUGUCAACGUUUGUUUAUUUCUGCGAGUAGGAGACCAAUAAUUUUAUAAAAUUUUUGGUAUUGGGAAAAACAGCAGUGCGCAUUCAUCGCAUUGCAUGGUCUGAGAGACGGAAUUGGUUUGUUGGAUUUUUUUUGACAGUUUUCUGUGAGAUCAAAACCUGUCAAUGUCCAUUUACGUCGUAAUAACAGUAACCACAGAAAAUACCACGCUAAUUUGGAAAUUACAGUAAUCCCUCACCACUUCACGGUUGGAAUUUUUUGCGGAUUCACUGUACCAGGUUUAAAAAUAUAUAUAUCUUAAUAAAUCAGGUUGUUUUGUGGUUGAAUCCAGCCUGUUAGUCCAAAAAUGUGAUAUGCAUACUUUUUUUGCAUAAUUUACGCAUUUUCAAAUAUAAGGCAUUCAGAAGACGCAUUCAAAGACGUUGUGAUGAUACUGUAUGUAGUAUUCUACACUGGUCACUAGGUGUCAGUAAUGUUACAUUGAUGAGACAACAGCCACCACAGGAAGUAGUGUCCAGAACAGGAAGUAAAAAAACCUUCCCCGACGUGUGAGUCUUUAUUAUGUCUAAUAUGUUUUAUUUUUUUAAAUUAUGUCUUCUAUUGGGUAAUACGAGUGUAAAGGUGACUGUAGGGGUGUUAUUUCAUGUCUAGAGGACCCGUAUUUAGGAGGUCGUAAACAGCUUUUCUAUGCUCUAACCACAAAAAUAGUGGUCUUUUGUCCGAAAAAGUGACUCUAAAUAGCCCAGAAUGGGUCAAGCGUGUGUUAUAGUGCACCCAUUCAUUGCAUUAGCGCUGAAUCAAUUGUUUUACUAACAACGGGUUCAUUCAGUCAGUCAGAUCGGCAGUGUAAAGACGAGGUUGAUUGAUUGCAUUCGUAGAACUUACAUUUUGUACUCUGUUCUUUGUUCCCAGCAGCCACUCGUAGCAUUUUAGCAAAAUUUUUUAGUUAUUCAGCAAAAAAUCUUGGGAGAGAUGUUCAGAAACUGACUGAAGAUUCUUUAGACUAGCGGGUGAACAUAGGGAAGAAUUUAUCUGCUAAAAAGCUCCAAAAGUUCCAAAAUAUUACGCUGGGACUUGAUGGGCUUUGAACAAUGGAAUAAGCAAGCUUUGUCAGUGUUGUAUUUUCAGAUGUUAUUGACGAGGAAGAGACUUGGGGAUUUCACUAAGUUUUAUCGCAAGAGGAAGAGAAGAUGGCGAAAUUUACUGAAUGUGUUCAUAACAUUUGAAAAUCUCUUACAUGCUCUCUGAGCAGUUUACUGCAGGACACAACUCUAAUAAACAGUAUUAUUGCCUCUAAACAAAGUAUCAUUAUGUAAAAGCACUGAAUUAUGAGUAUCGUCAAUCAGUUGCGAGAAAUUUUCAAGAAUAAAGUCUGAAUUUUGUGAUUAUUAGUACUGCGAAUAUCGUACAGUAUUACUGCAUAAAGAAGGGAGAAUAUCAAAAGACCAGAUCUCCAAAAUUGUGCUUGGUUGUUCUUGGUUUUAUGAAUAAUGUUUGGCAAAUCCACACCAAAUGGUCAUCUUUAUCAAGACUUUCAGGGGGGUUAGCAAAAGUUUGUGUUCUUGAGAAAAUUUAAAAAAAAACAUACAACGUUCCGUGCUUACAACGCACUCCCAUCAAUUAACAAAUUACUUAAUUUUGGUCCGUAAACAUGUGACUCGCACGAGAACUACUUCCUGCACUCCACACCAUCCCUACACAUAACUACAGGGUUCCUGCGCAAGUACGUAUAGAUGUAUGGAAUUGGAUUUUGCACAUUUCCAGGUACGAAAAAGUAUGGAAGAUGGAAACUGAAGUGUGGGAAUCUAUUCCUGUUUCCAAGACUGUUACCGCUGUUCUGUUUUAUUUUUUAAAAAUUGUGACUUACUAAAAGAAAAAUAAAUAGAUCAGUCAAGCCAAGGUGCUUGCUAUUGGAAGCUAAGAUGUUUGCGUGAGAGCAAACUUUGGGCGAUUCAUCCCGGAAAACAUUUGGGAAGAUUGACUGGUUGAAUGGUCAGCCCUGUUAUUAUCCUCCAACCCUUUGUACUGCAUCAGCAACAUCACCUCGCUUUAAUGUCCUGGAAAUUACAUGGUGACAUAAUGUCAUGCAUAUUCAGAAUCAUGAAAACAAUCCAAUUCCAUCACUUAUUCACAUGAUACUAGGGCUGCAAGUAAUGAUUAUUUUCUUAGUCGAUUGAUCGAAGACGGUUUUUUCAAUGAAUCGAGUAAUGGCUUAGGCCCUAGACGGAACAAACAUGAAGCAAACACAAACAGUUCGUGGUUUGGUCUGCAACAUAUCAGAAAAAAGGCAAAAAUGUCCAUCACUGCUUUCCAAAGUCAAAGCCGAUGUGUGUGAAUAUCUUCUUUUGCCUAAAACACACAAAUAACAGGUCCGCUUUCAUCGAUGACUAAGGAAAUUAAAAAAUAUUCCCAUUUGAGAGGCUGAAAUCAGAGGAUAUUUACAUUUUUUUAAUCAAAAAACGGUGAAUCGAAUGUCAAAAUAGUUGUCGAUUAAUUGGAUAAUUGAUUAAUCAUCGAUUAAUCAUUGUUGCAGCUCUAGUAAUACACAUCUAUUUAAUGAGUCUGGAAAACGUAUGCAAUUAGGUCGGUAUAGUUUCCUUGAGCUCCUAUGAAAGUGACAGUAAUAACUAAGCAGUGUAGUGUUUUUUUUAUUAGUGUUUCAUUGAAUUCUUGUAUUUAGUGUUUAGUGACUGUAUUUUGUUAGGUUAAUUGUCCAUAAGUAUGAAUGUGAGUGUGGAUGGUUGUUUGUCUAUAUGUGCCCUGCGAUUGGCUGGAGACCAGUCCAGGGUGUACCCCGCCUCUCGCCCAAAGUCAGGUGGGAUAGGCUCCAGCAUACCCCCGCAGCCCAAGUGAGGAUAAAUGGAUGAAUGACUGAACGCAUUACUGUAUUUUAUGUCAGGAGUGACUUCUGACUGACACUAAAAUUCCACCUACCAAGCGUCGUAGGAACGGAACUUGUUCGGAACCCGAGUACUACCUGUUGCGUGGAUGCAAUUGCCUCUGUUGACAAACCCCCUCACCAGCUUGCGUUUUAUGAUAGCACAUGUUAGCAGUAGCACCGUGGUGCAUGGGGACAACACGGAUGCCUCACAGCCAGGUAGUUCUGGCUAGGAAUCUUGGCUCAAAUCUCCAGCACUCCAGUUAGGGUUAGGAUUAGAGUUAGACCCAAACCCCCCCAGGGCACUCCAGUUCCCUGCUACAGUCCAAAAACAUGUCUGUUAUGUUAACUGGGGACACUAAAUGAAUUGGGUGAAUGGCAACCAGUCAAGGUUGUAACUGGUCUCUCGACAAACAGGUCUCUGUUUUGAGGCUUUUAAUGUUUUAUUCUUAGAGUUGCAUUGCAAUGACAUCAAAUACUGACUAUAAAAAUUGAAACCCACAACCUCUUGUCUGUGAGGCAAAUGUGCUAACCACACUGCCGACAUGCAGCCUAAGUAUCUCUUUGUGUCUCCUUCUGAUAUUAUGAAUUCAUUACUGAUAGUGAAAACGUGAUUCAUUAGUAUCGCAGUAUUGGGAAUAUUCCAUGAAAAAAAUCAGACUUCAUUUUUGUCAUCUGUCAGCGGCUAUUCUCUCAGAAACUAAAACUUAACCAGAGGUCCUCGGUCUUCCGUUCCUAUGUUUGCCGUGUUUUAGUUUAAGUUGGAACUUGCGCCUAAAAUAACGACCAAGUUACUCACACUGUACACAGACCAUGUGAAGGACAGAAAGAAAAAGAUUCAGUCCAAGAAUGAAAAGAAAGAGUAAUAAAAAGUACCAAAGUAUAACUUAGUUUUCACUGUCUAUUUCAUAGGAGCAGAUCCUUUCACAUGUUCAAAGAUACCAACUUGAUGAUGGUCGCCGCAUUUGAGCGGCUUGGACCAGGCAUGCAGCCAAUGUUGAUCGCCGUUUCUCCACUUUCAGAGCUUUUUACGAGGUCUGAUUUCACUUUCACUUUCUUUCACCACCAGAAGAGUCUCUAACCCUCUAAUCCUAACCCUAAAACCCCAACUCUCUAUAAUCCUAACUCAAAGUCACAAAAGUGAAAUUGUCCGACAUAUUCUUCCGUCACUCUAGUUCUAUUUUUGUUUUUGUACAUUAUUAAUAAUUUAUGGUAGUGCGUACGUAACCAUGAGACAUCAGAACACCAGGACCGAGUGUAUUCUUGUUUUUCCAAAACUGCUGUAUCCUUACAGUUCUGACAUUUUUAUUAUUAUUUUUUUUUUAGCAUUUUACUCCUCCUUUUCUUUGUUGGAUUCCAAAAAAACAGUCCCUGCCCUCGUCUCUCAGUGUCACACAGGUCGGAGAAGUUGUCAGAACAUUGUUUCAGGUUUGUCAUGAAAAAAACGGAUAAACUGAGCGAUUCUCGCACAGGACACAGUCUGUCAGUGUGUGCGUCCGUGUGUGUGUGUGCGUGUGUGUGUGUGUGUGUGCACGUGUCAGGUAGGAUGGAUUACACUGCUCACGAGGGACGCUCUCCACACGAGACGGUGUGAAAUAUGUGACGCUAUAGACGCGUGUGUGAGUUUAACAACUAUUUGUUCUGAGUUUCGAAUGACAGCGCAGCGAUAUCGUGAGGUCGGACGAGUCACUGUUGAAUUUCUAACUGUUGUCAAUCAGGCUCGGCCCCUACGUCGAUACGAGGCAACGUCCCAUGCUCCAAAAGCCAUGUCAUAUAUGUAUAGCAAGAAGGCAUGAAGUGAUUGAAGAAUAAAAAAUAAAAAAAACCCAACAACAACAACAGGAAAGAAAUGCAAAUCUGAAAUCAUUGACUUCCCCAAAUUGAAUGUGUUUGCAUGGCACUGCAUAAUUCUGUAUGUAUGCAUGUAUGGCACUUGUUUUAUAUUCUUUGCAAAAUCUCUUUUGGCGUAUGUUUGUUGUUUCGAUGCAUAUUCUGUAACACCAUGAGUAAACAACAACAUGAGUCAUGUAUGAUCCAAAUCAAAAGCCAGAGGAUGUUUCAUGUGUAAAGUAACUGUACAAUACUUUUUUGUAUAUUUUCUAAGAAAAUAUAUACUAGAGAAAGAUUUUUAUUGACAGGAUUUUCUUAAAAAAAAAUAAUAACGGAAUGAAAAUGGGGGAAAAGUUGAACACCGUAGAGCAGUAAUAAACAGUGGAAUGUUACAAGUAUACUAGAUCUUAUUCCUUGCACAGUGCACUGUCAAUGUUUGUUGUUCAUUCACAUUUA